AUGGUCAUCCCCAUUCUAUGUUCAUUGGUGAUCCUCUCUGCCAUUUUCUUUUGUUUAUGGAGGAGGAGAACAUGUUCAAAGUUAUCCAAUAUUGAAAAUGAGGAAAUUACAGACGUGCAAGAUCUGUUAUUUGAUUUAGGCACACUUAGAGUUGCGACUGAUAACUUCUCUGGCAUGAAUAAGCUUGGAGAAGGUGGGUUUGGGCCAGUUUACAAGGGGGUAUUAUCAGAUGGCCGGCAAAUAGCUGUGAAAAGACUUUCCAGAAGGUCACGACAAGGAUUUCUAGAGCUAAGAAAUGAGGUUAUGUUUGUUGCCAAGCUUGAACACAGAAAUCUUGUAAAGCUACUGGGUUGUUGUUUAGAAGAGAGAGAAAAGUUACUUGUCUACGAGUUCCUCCCGAAUACAAGCCUUGACAAAUUUUUGUUUAAUCCUACUAAACGUGGACUCUUGGACUGGGGAAAGCGCUAUAUAAUUAUCGAAGGAAUUGCAAGAGGGCUUCUUUAUCUUCACCAAGAUUCUCGAUUCAAGAUUAUCCAUCGGGAUCUAAAAGCAAGUAAUGUAUUGUUAGAUCAGUACAUGAAUCCCAAGAUUUCAGACUUUGGUCUUGCAAAGCUCGCUGAAUCAGAAAAAACGCACGGAUGUGCUAGUAAAAUUGCUGGCACAAAUGGAUACAUGGCUCCGGAAUAUGCAAUGCAGGGGCAUUUUUCAACUAAAUCAGAUGUAUUUAGUUUCGGAGUUCUAAUUCUAGAGAUUGUGACCGGUCAAAGAAUCGGUGACUUCCAUGGAUCGGGUUGUGCUACCAACCUCCUAAGCUAUGUCUGGGAGCACUGGAGCAAAGAUAUGGCUUUGCAAAUAAUAGAUCAUAGCUUAGGUGAAUUAUACCAUAGACAAGAAGCCUUGACAUGCAUCCACAUAGGAUUACUCUGUGUUCAGGAAGACUCGAGGAAGAGACCUUGCAUGGAAUCUGUUGUUCUAAUGCUGAGUAAUUACUCCAUUACACUUCCGACUCCUUCAAUGCCUGCAUAUUUUGUUCCAAGCAGAGCAGCCAAUGAUUCAAAUGUGACUUCCAGAAUUGCCGAUUCCAGUCCUAGCUUGUCAUCUAUACAUAACAUGUCAAUUACUGAAAUAGAGCCCCGGUAACAAAUUGUGUGAGAUAUCUGAUGAUUGUCACUGAUGAGAACAAGCACAAUAGUCUCGGCGGGCUGCUCUUCCAGCAUCAAUAAUUCAGCUGUUUCUCUUGGCGUUAUCCGGCUGGCACUACUAUUGCACGCUUCUUGCCAGCAAUGGCCAGGUUAUUUUGUUAUUUCAAACUUAAAUUUUUACAGUGCAAAGUAUGAGCUAUUUUAGAGUGUCUGGAAUUUUGAAUUAGGGAUCUUUGUUAGAUGAUUGUAUGAGUAUUUGGAGUUUUUUCAACUUUUUUCUCUACUACCUUGUUGUACCUUUUUUCUAUCUUUAAUAAAAUUCAGAUAAGGUUGUCCCCCUC